GUUCGUGACUGAAUUCACCAGACGAGCACAGGCUCGGUGUUCGGCUUGGGGUAGGCUCGGUCCCUGGAGAUGAUUCGAGGUGGUGUUGGAAUCUCGAGGAAGACGGGGAGGGAGGGGUAGCUCGGUUCCCGGGGUUUGGUUGAAAACCAUACAAUGCUCCAGGUUGCGGGUUUCGUUUCCGUGUGUUGAUCCUUUUGAUGAUGUGGUGAGCGUCACUCGGUGAUAUUGAGAGAGAGCGAACGAGAGCGAGCGAACUAGAGAGAAAGAGAGAGCGAGGUAUUGAGGGAAGUGUGAGCGCGAUUUUGCAAUUGAGAGGGUUUUGCUCGUGUUUGUGGAAGUGUCGUAUUUUCUUUUUAUAUUUUGUGCUGUGUGAGAGCGAAGAGAGGGGCGGGUAAGGGUGAGAGUUGUAGACAAAAGGAGAGAAGACGAGGGGUUUGAAAGAUUUUAUCGAGGUUUGGGUGAGGAGGGUGUUGAGGAGCGAGACUUGUGUUGGUGUAGAGGAGGUGAGCAGAGAGGAGUCGAGGUGGAGAUUAUCGAAUAAAGGCAGUUAGGGUAUGGUGGUGGAAUGUGGUUUUAACAUGGCAGCUUCCAAUACGCUUUCGGCUGUGAAUGGGCACACUGUGCAACGCCGCAGUGUUGGUAGUGCUGGUAGUGUUGGGCAGAGCAACACAGGGUUGUCUUUUCAGUGCCAGCCGGUGCAGAACCCGGGGGGUCACUCGGACUCUGCGAGGUUGCACACCAACGGCAACUGCGGGGACAACAAGCAGUGCAGGGGUGAAUUUUUGAGUGCCAAAGAUGCUAGUCGUCGGAAGAGGGUGAACCGGACUGCCAAACUGAAGCAGUGUAAGCUGGACGCUCGAAGGGAACAGUGGUUAUCACAAGGUUCUCAAGGAAAACAAGAUAGGGCGGAACAACAGCAACAAAGUAAUGCGCAGCAGCAUCAGAGUUGUAAACAUCAUCAUAAGGCAGGAGAUGGUGAGUGCAUGGCGCAGGAAAGGGCUGGUCCGUCAGGGCAUCCUCGCAGUCAGGCCUCAGGAUCCAGUGGAUCUGCUGGUGAGCGGACACCUGUAGGUUCACCUGCUACUCAUUCUCGGUCGUCUGGCAGUGUUUCGGGUAACGAAGCUAAGAACUCUAAAAUAGAGGCUCCACCAAGACGUCAGGAUGGUUCCUCUAGGGCAUCUAAGUAUUUUGGGGACGAAGAAUUGCAUGGAGGAAGUGACCAUAAGCAGGACUUGGCUAAUAACGGGCGUGCAAGUAGUAAUGCGAGCAAGUCGAGGUCAAAUAGCUCUUGUGCAAGUAGUAGCUAUACAGGAAGCGGUUCCGAAGACAACGAUGAGUCACAUGAAGCAGAAGAUGAUUGGGAAUCUGCUUUUGAUGCGUUGCAUGUGCAGAGCUCGCCACAUCGAUCUGAGGGUUCACAUAAGGGUCCUAGUUCUGAUAGAGCGCAGCAUAAUGAAGGAAAAGAGCUGCAUGAUAAGAAGCAAAAUGGUGCUCAUCAGUACAAUCAGCAUCAUUCUGAUAUGCAGAGUGGCCAGCUGAAACCCGAGUAUAAAUACAAGAAUUCUGGAUUCGGAGGUAGGAGAGGACACGGCGGAAGGGCUUGGCGGCCUGACGAUGUGUCUCGGCCUCCGACAUUGCCGAGACUUACGAAACAGCAUACAUAUCCAAACCAUUCGAGCAGUAACCACCAAGGUUGGGGUAACAUGCACGGAAACUUGUGGGGCAAUCAACCUGCGACACCAUCAUACUGCCCGAUCUGCACAGAGGAGCUUGAUAUGACAGACUCGUCGUAUAUGCCCUGCACUUGCGGCUUUCAACUUUGCCUGUUCUGUUACCACAGAAUUUCUUCAGAUGACGGGCGCUGUCCAGGUUGUAGGAAAGCCUACAACGCUGACUCUGCUGUAAAGCUGUCGCGGUCCUCCUCUGUCUGGCUACGAGUUUGAACAUGAAAUGUGGAUGCACGACUUUCUAGAGUGAGAGUUGGAGGAUAUUAGAAUAUGUUGUGUGGUUACCAUAGUGGUCUUUCCAGCGUAUGGAUGCAGCAAGGACAUCUUAUGUAGCAUAUCGACUUGGCUUUUAAAGCACUAGUAAAAAAUUAUCUGUUGAAUUGGAUUACGGCAGUAGGCUUUUGUUGCCUCUGUUUUGCAAACUAGUACUCCAUUUUGUCAGAUUGAUACAUUGAACUCAUGGUCAUCUGGGAAAAUCUUUAAAUUUUUUUUUUAAAAAAAAACUUGGCUAUCUUGAAAACAA